UUUAGUUAUGGGAUUCUUAUUCCCUCUUUUAAGGGCUUAACUCCAAGUUGCGGCAUCCAAAGCCCUUUUUUAUAUGCCCCUUCUCUGUUCUUAUUCUUCUGCUGAGCAGAGUAAGGAGCUAGCUGAUCAAACUGAGAGGACUUCAUUUAGGAUGAAAGACUAUGCUGCUCUUCUGAUAGCUUCGGCGCUGUUUGCAUUUUUGUCACCAGGAUUGGUGUUUCAAAUGCCUGGGAAGGAGCGUCCCUUCGCAUUCAUGAACAUGAAGACGAGCGUCGCCUCCAUGUUCUUGCACACUGUAAUCUAUGGUUUGCUCAUGAUUCUGUUUCUUGUUGUUCUCGACAUUCACAUCUAUGCUUAGGAAGCACAUCAAGUUAUCCAAGAAACCAGCUUGUAAGUGCUUUAAGGGUUAGACUGAUUUAGUUGUUCUGUGUUACUCUUAUUAUUCAUUUACUAGUACGUUAUGCAGUGGUACCACAACUAUCUAUGUAUUGUAUACCUUCAUGAAUUCUACUUUGUAAAAAAAUGAAGAUUUCUGUUA